AGUUAGAAGUCCAAGGGAAGGAAGGGCCGCACAAAACACAGACAGACACAACACAAAGCUAUAGAUUAUAGAUUAUAGUAAUUUAAUCAUACAUAGGCUCAAAAAAGAAAAAAAGAAAAGGAAAAUUGUUUUGUUUUGUUUGAGUUGUGUGACUUUGCGCAUAGCAUCUGUAAAACCCAAAAGAAAUUUGGUUUCUAUUUGCAAACACAAAGCAAGCUUAUGAGUUUCUCUCUUCCCUUUUUCUUUAUGGGAUCCGAUCGGCGGUGAUCGGAUCAUCGAUUUGACGCUUGUUGGGGAGAGGGGCAUUUUCAUUGCCAAUGGGAAUGCCCAAUCCCAACAACAACAACAACAACAACAACAACAAUAACAUUCACCCCGCACCAUGAGCAAAGCCCUGGGAGCAACUACAGAAGAAGACGAAGAAGACGACCAACAACAUCCACAACAAGAUUGUUUCUACGACUCACACGACCGUUUACUUUCACUCUCUUCUUCAUGCUCUUGUUCCAACUCCAACUCCGACAACGAAAACGACACCCAAGACCACCAAAACGACACCAGCCUCCCCAAUUUCACCAACUACGACAUAUGGAUCUCUCAACCCUCCUCCGUCUCCGAACGCCGCACGCGCCUUUUACUUUCCCUCGGACUCUCUUCCCUCACGCGCCCAAACCCUCGCGAUCGCGCGUCCCCUCUCCGAUCCAUAUCCGACACCACCGCAAACCCUAACAAGCCACCAAAUCCAAAACCACCCCCACCGCCGCCGCCACCACCGAUUGAAGAGCUGUGCACGAUUCGAGAUCUCGAUAACGGGAAAGAGUUCGUCGUGAACGAAUUGGAGAAUCUGCGGGAGGUUGCCACGGGGCGGCAAUUGACGAUGGAGGAGUUUGAGAUGACGGUGGGGCAUUCUCCCAUCGUUCAGGAACUGAUGCGGCGGCAGAACGUUGAAGAGGCGAGCGUUGAUUCCAAUGCGGGUGGUUCUAAAGUGAAGAAGAAGGGGACGGGGUGGUUGAAGAGUAUCAAGAGCGUGGCGAGUUCGGUGGCGGGGUAUAGGGAUCGCCGGAGUAGCGACGAGAGGGACACGUCGUCGGAGAAGGGCGGGAGGCGGUCCAGCUCCGCCACCGACGACAGCCAGGAGGGAGGGGGCGCGUUUCACGGGCCGGAGAGGGUGAGGGUGAAGCAGUAUGGGAAGAGUUGCAAGGAGGUGACUGCUUUGUACAAGAGUCAGGAGAUUCAGGCGCAUAGUGGGAGCAUUUGGAGCAUUAAGUUUAGUUUGGAUGGGAAGUAUUUGGCGAGUGCUGGGGAGGAUUGCGUGAUUCAUGUGUGGCAGGUGGUGGAGGGGGAGAGAAAGGGGGAGUUGUUGUUGUUGGAUAGGGAGAAGGGGGAGGAUGGGAAUGGGAAUGUGGAUAUGUUUUUGGUGGUGAAUGGGUCCCCCAUGGCGGAUGGGGAGAGGAAGAGGAAGGGGAGGUCGAGUGUGAGUAGGAAGUCCUUGAGCUUGGACCAGUUUGUGGUGCCGCAGACCGUGUUUGCGCUUACUGACAAACCAGUUUGCUCCUUCCAGGGACAUCUUCAUGAUGUGCUUGACCUCUCAUGGUCUAAAACUCAGCACUUGCUCUCAUCUUCAAUGGACAAAACUGUGCGGUUGUGGCAUCUGUCUAGCAAGUCUUGUUUGAAAAUAUUUUCACACAGUGACUAUGUAACUUGCAUCCAGUUUAAUCCUGUUGAUGAUAGAUACUUCAUUAGCGGAUCUUUGGAUGCUAAGGUUCGCAUAUGGAGCAUUCCUGAUCGACAAGUUGUUGAUUGGACUGAUCUGCAUGAGAUGGUCACUGCUGCUUGUUAUACACCUGAUGGUCAGGGUGCAUUGGUUGGUUCAUACAAGGGUAGCUGCCAUUUAUAUAAUACGUCCGAAAAUAAGUUGCAACAGAAAAGUCAGAUCAAUCUGCAGAACAAGAAAAAGAAAUCACAUCACAAGAAAAUUACUGGUUUCCAGUUUGCCCCAGGAAGUUCAUCAGAAGUACUUAUCACAUCUGCUGACUCACGAAUUCGGGUGGUUGAUGGUGUUGAUCUAGUUCAUAAGUUUAAAGGCUUUCGGAAUGCAACUAGUCCAAUUUCAGCAUCCCUCACGGCAAAUGGUAAAUAUGUUGUCGCAGCAAGUGAGGACUCCCAUGUAUUCAUCUGGAAAAAUGAAGCUGAUUGCAGGCCAAACAGAAGUAAAGGUGUGACUGUCACACGAUCAUAUGAGCAUUUUCACUGUAAAGAUGUGUCAGUGGCCAUUCCUUGGCCUGGUAUGGGUGAUGAAUGGGACAUGCAAGAUACGUUUUCCGGAGAACAGCCCGAGAUUGAUAACCAUGCUGAUGAAGUCUCAUCAGCCAACCAUCCUCCUACCCCUGUAGAGGAAAACUUUGUUACUGAGGGUUCAAGAUCUGCAUCAGGUUAUAGCAACAGUCCACGCCAUGCAACCAUUGCAAGUGCAACAAAUAGUUACUUUUUUGAUAGAAUUUCUGCAACAUGGCCAGAGGAAAAACUUCUUCUGGCUACAAGAACCCAAAGCCCUCGUGUCAGUAUGGAUUUCUCUAACGGGGUAAGUAAAAAAAUGUCAGCCUGGGGUAUGGUGAUCGUAACUGCCGGCCUCCGAGGGGAAAUUAGAACUUUCCAAAAUUUUGGACUACCACUUCGGAUAUAAGAGGUGAAAGAAUAUGCAUGCUUGUGAGCAUGGCUGAGAAUGAGUUGAUGAUAUCAGCUCAGAAGGCAGUAGAUUACACCUCCAUUAGUUGGUGAAAACCUGUACAGAAAAGUGGGAUGAGAAUUGUAAUAUUAGCGGGGUUCCAUUUAUUUUCUUGUUCUUGUGCAUUGGAUGAAAAUAGGUUGCCAUUCCAUUCAGGCACUGAGGGGGGAUAAAGGGGUAAACAUUGUCAAACAAAAACCAAAAAAAAAAAAAAAGUUACACCAGGAAUUUAGAAACCGAUGGAUGUAAUCGGCAAUUGUAGAGUAACGUGAGCACGGGAAAAGCUUAUUGAAAUUAUUAGAAAUGAUUCUUUUACACUUAUUUGUUUUGAGUUUUGUCAUGGAAUUCAAUUUCUUGUCCAAAGUGAAUCAAAUUCAAUAAACAGCAUGGCUGCAAGUGUUUA